AUAACUUUUAUCGAUCAUAUAGAGAUUGUUUAGUAUGCUCUAAUAACAAGAAAUCCAAGUCUUAGAUUAUUAAAAUUGGAUACUUUUUGUAUUCACCAUUUAACGUAAAUGCAGGGAAAUUAAAUGUUCACCGAUAUUGGGCGGUUACAAAAUAUGUCAACCAACUUGUUCAUUUGACGGUGAGCAAACUAUACCAAUCAAAAAUUACAUGUGCCUAUUAGCUUAUAUAUAUUUAAAACGUGAUAGUAUAGAUUUUAACAUGACAUAAAAUGUCAUUAAUGAUUCAAAAGUGACGUGCAAAUUAAGAAAUGGAUUGUUUUACUCGAUGUAAUGACCAAAUUUGUUUCUUCUAAAAAUUGCAUUUAUUACAUGAAUAAUAUCUAAGCAUAUAGUACAUAUUUCAUGCGUGACGUCAUUAAAAGAAUAUCAUGCCGUCCUAUAUUUGUUUACAUGGGACCCACGUACACCAAUAUGUUUGAUUACGAGAAUGACAUGGCGGCCACGUGGAUUUGUUCCUCCUACUAUAUAAACCUCUCACCGCGUGUCUUUUGAUUUCAAAAUUCUCACACCAGUGUCGUUAUCUUUUCUUCGCCGACAGAAAUGAAUAAUUUUCAGUGUGAUCCCACUAAAAUGGAUAAUUCAGAAAAUGUUCCAUCCUAUGAUCAAAACGAAAAUCUCACCCCUGUUGCACCAUCACCUCCUUCUUCUUCUUCGUCGUACUUGACAAGAGAUCAAGAGCAUGGGAUUAUGGUCUCAGCUUUGCGACAAGUGAUAUCUAAUUCAGGAAGUGACACGUCAUCAUCUCACUGGAUCGCCGGGGAAGCUCUUCCGCAUCCGGACGCUGGCCCUUGUCCUCUAUGCGGCGCCACUGGUUGCUCUGGCUGCGCAUUCCAACAAGGGCAAGAAGAGAUUAAGAAAGUGAAGAAGCACAAAGGAGUGAGGAAAAAGCCAUCAGGUAAAUGGUCGGCAGAAAUAUGGGAUCCGACUUUGAGGGUAAGGAGGUGGCUUGGAACGUUUUCCACGGCAGAGAUGGCAGCGCAAGCUUACGAUGAUGCAGCGGCUGGGCUUGUCGGGAGAGGACUAGAGAGACAGACGGUAGCAGCAAAAUCUUGCAGAUCGACAGCGGUGGAACAUGUAGAAGGAGUCAGCGAUGAUGGAUCUGCAGUCCGGCGACGGCGCUGCGCUAGAUCGUGGAUGUGGCCGGUGACGAUCGUGGCAAAUCUCCUCCUUCUCACUUUUGGACACGUGUUUACACGUGGCACUUUCACUCUUAUCCUUAUCAUUAAAAUUGGAUUAGGGUAA